AUGUUGAAAGUGCCGUCGCGCAACAAGCCUGGCGGCCAGCAGCCUCUCACCAAGGCGGUCAUUCUGGUUGGUGGUCCAUCGCGAGGCACCCGUUUCCGGCCAUUGAGUCUCGAUGUCCCCAAGCCUCUCUUCGAUGUUGCCGGCCACCCCAUCAUCUGGCACUGCCUGAAGGCGGUGUCCAAAGUCGACGACAUCAAGGAAGUCAUCCUGAUCGGCUAUUAUGAAGAAAAUGUCUUCCGCGACUUCAUCAAGGACUCGUCGCGAGAAUUCCCUCAGUUCAAAAUCACCUAUCUCCGCGAAUACCAAGCGCUGGGCACGGCCGGCGGGCUGUACCACUUCCGCGACGCCAUCCUAAAAGGCCGACCGGACCGAUUCUUCGUGCUCAACUCGGACGUCUGCUGCUCCUUCCCGCUGGAGGCGAUGCUCAAGCUGUUCGAGGAAAAGGACGCCGAGGCCGUGAUCCUGGGCACGCGGGUCAGCAACGACGCGGCGACCAACUUCGGCUGCAUCGUGUCGGACACGCACACCAAGCGCGUGCUGCACUACGUCGAGAAGCCCGAGUCGCACAUCUCCAACCUGAUCAACUGCGGCGUGUACCUGUUUGCGACCGACGCCAUCUUUCCCUCCAUCAAGACGGCGAUCAAGCGCAAGACGGAACGCCCGCGCAUGAUCAAUUACCCGUCGUCCGAGAACCUGGACUCGUCCUUCAUGGCCGACCCGGAGGAAGACGGCGAGCGCAACGAGGUCAUGCGCCUCGAGCAGGACAUCCUCCCCGAGCUCGCCGACAGCAACCGCUUCUUCGUGCACGAAACGAAAGACUUCUGGCGCCAGAUCAAGACUGCGGGCUCCGCCGUGCCGGCCAACGCCCUCUACCUGCAAAAGGCCUUCCAGUCGCAGAGCGACGAAAUCGCCAAGCCGUCCGCGACCAUUGUGCCGCCCGUCUUCAUCCACCCGACCGCCCAGGUCGACCCGACCGCGAAGCUCGGCCCAAAUGUCUCCGUCGGGCCCAAGGCCGUCAUAGGCGCGGGCGCCCGCGUCAAGGACGCCAUCGUGCUCGACGAGGCCGAGAUCAAACACGACGCCUGUGUCCUCUACGCCAUCAUCGGCUGGAACAGUCGCGUCGGCGCGUGGGCCCGUGUCGAGGGCACCGCCACCCCGAUCACCAGCCACAACACCACCAUCAUCAAGAACGGCGUCAAGGUCCAGAGCAUCACCAUCCUGGGCAAGGAGUGCGGUGUCGGCGACGAGGUCCGUGUCCAGAACUGCAUCUGCCUGCCGUACAAGGAGUUGAAGCGCGACGUUGCAAACGAGGUCAUCAUGUAG